GAAUACGUUUUCUUUCUCUUUCUGUUCUCUCCUUAUUUUAUUUAUUUAUAAAGACCCCCCCCCCCCCCCCCCCCCCUCUCUCUCUCUCUCUCUCUCUCGGUGCGGCAGAGGCAGACUGGUUGUUCUGGCUUUUCAUUUUCUUCUUGGCUUUCUUCGGCAGGACGCGAAAUCUUGAAAAUUGGAUUAUUUGAUUGACAGAUGACAAAGCUCAGUUCUGGAAGAGUGAUAUCUUGAAGAAGUUUGACAGAAGCGAAGGCAUGUUAUUUGGUUUGGGUUUAAAUAGUAUAUGUCAUCGGCAGUCGGUCAGUCAGUUGGAAAGCAGAGAAGAAGAGAGUCAGGUGGAGAGAGAAAGAGAGUUAUUUCGAUGAUUUUCAGAUUUUGUAACUCGGAAUAUCCUGGACUGGAAAUAUAUCUAAACGGCAUUUUAGAAGUGGAAACCUCAUGGAAGUGCUGAAUCUGGGACAUACAGUGCUCUGUGCCACUUAAAGCUCAUCUGGUAUAUAUUUCAUUCCAGCCGUUAUACCAAUGGCAAUGAAGUCUGACAACAUAUCAGGUGAAUUAUGUCAUGAAAGGGCAACUUACCCAUGUUUAUUUAAGGAUGCUAGUUCGCCAUCUCUUCUUAAUGUUCAUUUAAGUCAAGAUUCAUCAGUGGGAAGUGCAGAAUAUGGAGCUACUCCUAGGGUUUCUGGAGCUUCACAAGGAAUAUCAAUGUUGAAGGUAGGUGACAGUCAAGCUGCUGCAGGACACCAGGGUUUUCUAGAAUCAGAAUUUGUUGGUGGUGAUAAAACCUUUUCAAGCCAGCAUGAGAUACAGAAAUUUUCAGAAUGCAAUGGUGAUAAUUUGUCAUGCAUCAGUGGAGCAGAAAGUCUGAGCAUAAGUGGUGAUAACAGGUGUAUUGUAGACAGGAAGAAUGUAUCAUGUAGCUCAGAUUCUAUUAGUAGUUUUCUUCCAGGAGGAUUGGAGAAGACAGUUGAUGUUCAAUUAGGUGCUUGUUCCCAGGGAAAUCUUUCUCAGUGCAUCAGGGAACAAGAGGAAUCUUCUUCAAGAGUGGCAUCCAUUAUUCCAGAUGGAAGCAAACAAAAUUCCCUUUACGAUAACUCCAAAACUGAAGUAAAGGAGCGAGAUCCUGCAAUUGAAGUGGAGAAGCUCUUGGACCAUCAUCAAAAUUUGCUGUCUCAUCAAUUGCACAAUGUUCAGGGAUCAGCGGAGCAAACUCAGACUGUCAACUGUAGUGAUGAAGAUGAUCUUUUGGAAGAUGUAAAAGUUUGUGAUAUCUGUGGCGAUGCUGGUCGAGAAGAGUUACUUGCUACUUGUAGCAAAUGCACUGAUGGGGCAGAGCACAUUUACUGCAUGCGUGUGAAGCUGGAAAAAGUUCCUGAACGCUCUUGGAUAUGUGAAGAUUGCAUGCUUCAGGAAGACAGUGGGAAACAGAAGCAAAAUGUAUUUCCAAAAGUGAUGAGGACUCCACAAGAUUCGUCCUCAAAUGAAAUGCAUCAAAAUGCUGGAAAUGCAAAUACAAAUGUUAGAGAAUUGGAUACUAAAGGUCCAGUACUUAAGAAAAGGGGACGAGAAGAUAGUUCUAAUCCCAUAUGUGCUAAGAUACCCAUGGGCAACUUGGAAUCUGACACCAUUGUGAAAAAAAGGGCUCUUGAUUCUAGGUUUCAAUCCCCAAGCAAGUCCAGCCUCUCCAGGGAAGUUCUUUUUUCUCAAACUCCACGUAAAAUCUUGGAUAAUGCGAAAGUUAAACCAGACUGCAAGGCAUCUAUUUCAGGCAGUUACACUUUCAAUGCUGGUCAGAGAAAUGCAUGCUCGUCAAAGUUUUCCAGGUUCCAAUCACCCAAAUCACGAACAGAUUUUCAAAUUUCACAGGGUGUUCUCACCAAGUCCAACUCAUUCAACAUUUCAAGCUCAGUCCAAUCACAAGCCAAACAUAUAAUUGGAAAACGGAAAUUUUCUCAUGAAACAGCUUGCACUGACAAGAGAAAGCAUCGCAUUGUCAGACUGUUGAGUAAAUCAUCGUCAUUUAGCAAUGACAACGCUGGUCGCUCAAAGGCUUCUGAUUCAAAUAUUACAAUGCUUUCUUCAAAUAUUUUUCAUAGUAAUCAUUUGAAGAGAUCCGCCUAUGCUGAAGAACAUAAUUUAACUCAAAGAAAGUGUGAAGCCAAAUUAGAUAACUCUAAAGUUAGUUCACCAAUGUCUGCUUCUCGUAUUUGUGCAACGAGAAUUGAUGAAAGAAUUGCAUCACAUGACAGAACUAUGUCUUCACAUUCCUCUGGAACCAAAUGUCAUCUGAAGGCUGUGCAUCAUCUUGCUCAUGAAGGCCCCAGAUAUCUCAAUAAUAAUCAAGCUGACACUGAUGUGGGGAAGACUCGGCAUUCAUGUUCAUCUGAAAUGGUUGGAAACCCAUCCUCUCCUACAAAAUCUGUCAGCUCUCAUGAAAUGAAGUCAAAUUUAGUUAUUGAUAAAGAUUGCGUUGGAUUGGCUGCUUCAGUAACUGCUGGUAGACAUCGCAAUAGUUCUAUUUCAGUUCAGCAAAAUUCAAUACCUCAUCCCAUAGCAUCUUGCAAGCAGGGCAGAACAGCCCAAAAGACUUCUUCUUUCAUCUCUGUUAGGCAGCACACCUCAGCUGGUAAUGCAACGGGACAUGCUCAUGAAUUUCCAAAUAUUGGUGAAGCAACAGAAACUUGUCCAACGAAUCCUCAAACUUCUGCUCUAGAUGUAGGAAAUCUGAAAGAAGAAAAGGAAAGUAAUGAUAAGUAUUAUAGACCAAUAUUUGACAAUCAAACUGAUCCAUCUAGCACUUUGGCCAUUCCAGAGUUUGAUUACGUUUGGAAAGGUGUAUUUAAAAUCCAUAGUAGUGGGAGAUUCCCCAGUUUCUGUUAUGGGGUUCAAGCCCACUUAUCUACCUUUGCAUCACCUAGAGUACCUGAACUAGUGAAAAAGUUUCCUGGUGAAAUCCCUUUGAAGGAAGUUUCUCGUCUAACCGUGUGGCCUAACCAGUUCCUGGUGAAUUAUCCCAAAGAAGACAGCAUUGGGGUUUAUUUCUUUUCAGAAGAUGUAGUGAGCUAUGAGGGCAGCUAUAGGAACUUGACAGAGUGCAUGAUCAAUUAUGAUUUAGCUCUUAAAGGAGAUGUUGAUGGAGUUGAUCUACUGAUAUUCUCAUCCAACUUGCUUCCUGAAAAUUCCCAGCGUUGGAAUAAGUUAUUUUACUUGUGGGGUGUAUUUAGGAGGAGGGUUGGCACUAAUGAAUGCAUGCCUACUUCUUAUGAGAAACCAUUUAUCCCUGGUAUAAAAAGCAAUGUUUGUUCAGAAGAAAACUGUUCGGUCUACAAAAUUACUGGGAUCUCAAGCAUGACCUCUGGGCAAUCAGGAGAAUGUUUGUUUCCAUCUAGGCUAUUUUCUAAUGCCCAGGAGUCAUCUACUGUGAUUCAUCCCCAGGAGUUGCCAUCUGCUUCUUCUAAUAGAAAGAAUUGGAAUUAUGGACAUCAACCAUCUUAUGAUGAGCAAAAGCAUGGCCAUUCUCAAAGAGAACUUCUUCGUCAACCAAAUACAGAUGAUAUUAUCACUUCAAAGCAGCCAUGCAGGGAUGCUGAAUAUGCUCUCACCUCACUGGAAGAACGUGGGCAUCGUGAGAAAAGAUGGAGAGACAACCAACCCAGUUCCCAAGUAAGCAAUAAUUCUCUAAUUUUGGGCAGCGAUGAUAAUAACUUGAGGGUCGCGAACAAGUAUCCAUUGUCAGUAAAUGAGGAUGAGGUCCAUGACAAAUUGGCUGUUCAUUCAGAGAGGCAGGUGCUUUCAUCCGAUCAUAAGGUUUCUAAUGAUGCCAGCUUUCUAGAUCUUGGGCUUUCAUUAGGAGUUAGUCAGCAAUCCGGAAAAGAAAAUCCAGAGUCCACCUUCAACAAGGCCAUUGCUGAGAAAGUUAACCAAAGCAAGGAUUGGGAUUCAGUUGCAAGCAACAAAAACAACAAUGGCAGCUAUGGUAAACCCCCAGCUUUUCUUGAACUUUCGCUAGCUUUACCUUAUUUCCAUGGUCAGUGAAGAUGCCUGGAAUCAUGAUACAGUCAUAAAGCAGCCCUUUACCAGUCCCUUCCAACAGUUUUACAGAUAGUUGCGAUAUAAAUUGAUGUAAAUGGUCCUUUACAUAGAUGAUGCCGGUUUGGUUUCCCAUUGAGAAUAAAAUUUUCAUAGUCAAAGUUACUUUGAAUCUUUUUCUCGGUAUCUCUUAAGGUAGCCGCAGUAAAAAACUUGGAAGGUUUCCUUUCUUGUGGA